GACAUUCAGACGGUGAAAGGUUUCCUGUCAAUCGGAUAUGCCUUGUUCGGCACAGUUUGCCGCCGGCAGGCGUCCGAUAGGAUUAUCCAUUAUUGUUAUUAUUAUGUAUACCCAAUGUAUAACUCAUAACUCAUAUAGGGUGCCCUUCCGCUGGAUAUCAGCCUCUCUAUGUUCGCGGCCGCCUAUCACCUGGGUUUGCGGUAUGCACAUGCUGGGAUAUGUACCUAAAUUGUACCUACAUAUGUUAGGUACCUACAUACCUACAGGUUGUUCCACCGAGCUGGUUCCGUUUGGGCCAGCAUAUGAGAGAGAGAGAGAGAGAGAGAGAGAGAGAGAGAGAGAGAGGGUAUUCAUUAACGAAUAUGUGUAUCCUGUAGGUAUAGGAAUAUGUACGUGCCUGUGGGCGGUAGGUGUGUCUGUGCAUGCAUACAAGGUACGAAGUGCAUACACUCAUAUCUCCCUCGGCGAUGUGCGUGUUGGCGGUUUACUUUCAGGGCCUCGCCGCCUCAAUUGUAAGGUAUACAAAACGUGUUGAAAGCUGAACCUGUUGUUGCUGAAUUGAAGGAAUUAAGCUAGCUACUCGAAAACAGCUUAAAUACAGCAUUUUAAGGUCAAUUGACAGUUGUGCGU